CGAAUGAAUGGAAUGCUUGAAGGCUUUCACUUCGCUAGAUUACAAGCAGAACUAAUCGAAAAUAAGGAGGACGAGAAAGUCAAGCGGCAAGAACAAUUUGCGCCGAAUCCGAUUUUCUUCUUCCUCGCGUCGAUUUUGCUGUAAAAUUAUGCAAUUUUUGUAAUGCAUCUUGGCGAAGGAGAGGACUAGAAGGAAAGGAACCAACAACCCCCAACCGCUCACCCUUUUCUUUUUCUCCUCACAUUUCCAACCUCCACCGAGAACGACCCGUCAUCUCCCGCGGGCUGCGUCUUCCUUGCUUCAGAUCCGCUCCAUCUCCUUUUCGUUUAAAUCCUCACAUCUCAUCCUCGACUUCCUCGUGUUAAUGAAGAUUCGCCGGAGGCGGUUACUCUGACCUGCGAAGCGGGGGAAAGGAGGAAAGGGGGAAAAGAGAAGGACGAUUCUCUUCAUAUCGGAACUGAAACCCGAGGAUGAUGGUGGAUUCCGGUCCCUUAACUGCCGGUCAGGUUUCUUUUUUGUUGGGAUUUAUUCCUGUAUUUACAGCAUGGUUAUAUUCAGAGAUAUUGGAAUACAGGAAAUUCUCCUCUCCUUUGAAAGUCCAUUCAGAUACCAAUCUGGUUGAGUUAGGAAAUGUAAUGGUUAAAGAAGGCGACCACGUCAUGUUGCUUGAAGGAGGCUUAUCAAAGUCUGCAUCUGCGAAGUUUCAGAGUGCUUCUAUUCGUACAACUGUAAUAAGAUUUGUAACGAUGGAUGAAUCCUUCUUAGUUGAAAACCGGGCACUUUUACGUGCAUUGUCAGAAUUUGGUGGCUUCCUGGUCUACUUCUACAUAUGUGACCGAACCAACUUGUUCUCAGAAACCAGCAAGAGUUAUAGCCGUGACCUAUUUGUCUUCCUCUACCUUCUUCUCAUCGUAGCAUCUGCCAUGACUUCUUUAAAGAAGCACCAUGACAAGUCAGCGUUCUCAGGAAAAUCUAUUCUUUACUUAAACCGGCAUCAAACUGAAGAGUGGAAGGGAUGGAUGCAGGUCUUAUUUUUGAUGUACCACUAUUUUGCUGCCACGGAGAUAUACAACGCAAUACGUGUGUUCAUUGCUGCCUAUGUCUGGAUGACUGGAUUCGGGAACUUCUCUUACUAUUAUAUAAGGAAGGAUUUUAGUCUUGCACGAUUUGCUCAGAUGAUGUGGCGUCUAAAUUUCUUUGUGAUAUUUUGUUGCAUCGUCCUCAACAAUGAUUACAUGCUAUAUUAUAUCUGCCCAAUGCAUACGCUCUUCACAGUCAUGGUAUACGUGACGCUUGGUAUCUUCAACAAAUACAAUGAGAUUGGGUCAGUGAUGGCUGUGAAGAUCAUGUCCUGUUUUUUGGUGGUGUUCUUGAUUUGGGAAGUUCCUGGGGUUUUUUAUCUUCUUUGGAGCCCCUUCACCUUCUUUUUAGGGUAUAAAGAUCCAGAGCCUUCUAAGGCGAACCUCCCUCUUUUGCAUGAGUGGCAUUUCAGAUCCGGACUUGAUCGCUACAUCUGGAUCAUAGGAAUGAUAUAUGCUUACUACCAUCCAAAUGUUGAAAGAUGGAUGGAAAAAGUUGAAGAAGCUGAAGCCAAACUCAGGUUCUCAAUUAAAACAUGUAUAAUUGCAGUUAGUUUGAUGGUUGGUUUUUUGUGGUACGAGUACAUUUACAAACUAGAUAAAGUUAGUUACAAUAAGUAUCAUCCCUAUACGUCAUGGAUCCCAAUCACUGUUUAUAUUUGCUUGCGAAAUGCAACCCAGCAGUUGCGAAAUUAUUCCUUGACUCUUUUUGCGUGGCUUGGCAAGAUCACGCUUGAGACAUAUAUCUCUCAGAUCCAUAUUUGGCUUCGGUCAAGCCAGCCAAAUGGUCAACCCAAAUGGCUGCUUUCUUUUAUUCCAAAUUACCCACUGCUCAAUUUUAUGCUUACCACCACAAUCUAUCUAUUCAUAUCGUAUAGGAUCUUUGAGCUUACAAAUACUCUAAAGAAUGCAUUCGUCCCUACAAAAGACAACAAGCGCCUACUGCAAAAUUUUAUUGCAGGGUUAGCCAUUUGCGUCUUCUUGUAUGUUCUCUCAUUCGCUUUCCUCCUCCUACCUACACCCACGGCAUAAACAUUGAAAUCAUAUUAUUUGAAAAGAAAUUUCCUUUGGGUAGCAGAGGCAUAUGAGUUCAGUUAAAAAGCAUAAAGGCUGGGUGAUUUGGUUGAUUCGGUAAUCUAUCAGGAAAAACUUGGGAGAUUUGAAUCAAGCAAUUGGUAGCGGAAAUAUGGCAAUGUGAGCCUUUUUGGAAAUGAGAUGGCAAGUGCUGUGGGAGGUCUCAUCUGUUUGGAUGUAUAUUUUUUUUUCUUUUGUUAUUUUAUGAGUAAUAUAUUCAUGAAUUCUUAAGAAUGGUCAUUAUAUCAAUUCCUGUGGUAAUGGCCUUUGUUUUA